UCAAUUCAACCCUGACAUCACUAUUCUCAGUCUUUAGAAAUCUCCCUCUAGAGCCACAGAAGACAUUAUACAAAGUGCUCUCUGUGACAAAUACACUGAACUUGAUGUGUAAAACUGUCGGAGUGGUCCUUUAAACCUGAUUGAGGCUGACUCAUUGACAAGCAAGCAGUCCACAGGCUGACAGCAACCACACACAUCAACAGGGUGGGCAUUGAAAGAGGCCACAGCGACCCCAUCUCCCCUCCAGUGCACUGCUCAUCCUCCUCUGAAAACCACACCACUGUGCACAAGGUCGCACAAGUUUGCAGGAGACGCAGACGUCGAAGAUGAAAGGAAGGGAGAAAGAGGAGAGGAAGUCAAGCUUGAAGAGAGAGAGAGAGAGAGAGAGAGUGUGUGUGAACCACAGACACUGAGUGAUGAAGAAGUCGCUGUCAAGGUGCACAGACUGAAACAAGACUCGGAAAUGAAAAGACUGUGAGAGAGGAAGAUUGCAGUGAAGAUCUUUGCUUUAUGUAUGUAUUGUAGCAGGGUCGGCACCUGGAUCAGUGGGAAACCCCUAAUCUGAGAUGUUUUACUGCAGAAUUUAGAGAAGCGAGACCACCCACCGACCUUCUCCCCCCUCCUGUGCACUCUACCUUAAAGGGGAAAGGUAGGGAGCGAGUAGAAAGAGGAAGCAGCAUGCAGCUCCAACCUCAGCCUCAGCACUUCUCUGUUUUGUUUAACUAAAUAAUGAUGUGCUCGGAGGAACAUUUCCCACUUGGAUUGACCACUGGAAGAUGACGGGACGUUUUUUGAGGGGUCCCAUCAUGAGGCCUCACCGCUGCUGGGCCGUCCUGCAAGUGUCCAUCUUGGCCGGGCUGCUUCUCACCUUAAACGCUGACGGUGAAGAUUGUGAAGUUGAACUUAAAGUACAUCGUAACACGAUUUAUGGAGGUAACCUUGGAGGAGACCUUGAGAUUGACUGCACUGUCACUUUCUGCAACAAUCCACCACCAACAGUCUCCUGGUAUAAACUUGAGAAAGCUGUUGUUCCCGUCAACGUCAGCAGCAGCAGCCACAUUAAAACAGAAUGGAAACUUUCAGACCAUUUAAAAGGGAAAUCAAUUUUGAUCUUCCAAAAACUACUCAGAAGCGACUCAGGUGUGUAUCAGUGUGGAGAUGGAAGCAGUGUGAGUCAUAACAUCAACGUCACUGUCCAUGACUGUGUUAUAGAUGAUGGCGGGCAUACCAACGUGUCACAGGAGAACAACACAACUGUGGAUUCUGAGCCCACCGAAGUAGAUAUUUGGAAGUACAUGUAUGUUGCUCCUGGGAUUGUUGCAUUCGUCAUCAUAGUGAUAAUUAUAUCCGUCGUCUCAAUGCGAGGGUGUAAAGGUGAGGUGUUGAAUAAACAUGCCAUACAGGACAUGACUGUGACUCUAAAAGCAGUAAUUUCACCAAAAUGUCAUCAUGCAGGGAAACCAAAGAAAGAGACGCCAACUGAAAAUCAGUACAUGGCAAUCCCCAUGGCCGAGCAACCCUUCCGACAGCCCUCGCCAAGAGGAAGCCCCUCUGCGCCGCCAUCUCGGAGGUCAACCCGGAGGGAGACGCCGCCCUCACAGCCCGAUGAGCCGCCGUUACCGAGAGGCAAUGAGAUCGUUUACGGCAAGGUGAAAGAGAAAAGAGGGAGACGGGGGAACGCGGCGGCGGACGAGGGGGGUUCUGUUGUGUACGCUGCCCUCAACCAUCAGCUUCCAGCGGCGGCCGCUGCCCGGCCGCGGAGGCCGCAGGAGGAGGCUUCAGAGUACGCGGCUAUCCGUGUUAAAGACCCAUCACCCACCAGACUAAACUAUUACUAAAAACUGCUCUCUUAUCACAACAUGACGAUGCUCCAUCCCACCUGACACUCUAAAGACUUGCCCUAUGCUAAAAUUAGCAUCUUAAUCUUUAAAGGCGCUGCACACCUGCACAGGUGUUUUUCCAGUUGAAGUUGGGCGGAGCUGUGCUGGGAAUUUGUGAGGUCAUCGUGUACCAAUAAGAAUGGGUGCACGCUAAAUGUGCAGA